AUGAUAAACUUAUUUAAGCGUCAGAAUUAAAGAGAAGAGGAGGAAAAGAAAAAGCAAGAAGAAAUUGCUCAGUAACAACCAGAUGGAUCGGCUGCUUAAACUCAAGUAAAGGUUAAGAGAAGUCCUGGUGAAAUUAGACUGAAGAAGGAGGUAGGAGAGUUGGAUUUGCCAACUCAUGCUGAAAUUAACUUCCCAGACCCAAAUGACAUCAUGAGGUUCGAGCUUUUCGUCGACUUGACCAAAGAGGAAUGCCUCUGGAAGGGAGCUAAGUACAAGUUCACCAUUACUGUUCCUAACAAUUAUCCACAUGACCCUCCCAAAUGCCACUGUGAGACAUAGAUUUAUCACCCAAACAUCGAUCUCUAGGGUAACGUAUGUCUAAAUAUCUUAAGAGCUGAUUGGAAGCCCGUGCUAGGCAUCAACACUGUGAUUCUAGGACUUAUAUUCCUCUUUAUCGAGCCUAACCCUAAUGACCCACUUAACAAAGAAGCUGCCGAGUUAAUGAGAAGCAAUGAAGCAACUUUCAGAGACAAGGUAAAAAGAUCACUCAAGGGAGGUGUUAUUGAUGGAGUUGUCUUCCCAAAGUUAGUUUGA